GAGGGCGCCCAGCGGCCGGUGGCCCGGGGCGGCGAUGGCGGAGGCGCGGGUGCUGCUGCUGCUCUCGGGGCGCCCGCGGCCGGCGGCCUUCGCGCAGAGCGUGUGCGGCCUCCUGGGCGCCGGGGCCGGGGCCGGGCCGUGGCCCACACACUGCGGCCUGCGGCGCGGGCAGCUGCUCCUCUCGGCUCGGCCCUUCCCCGGCGCCACGGCCAGGCUCCCGCUCCAGCGACCCGCCUUCUGCCCCUUCGCGGCCCUGGACCGGCAGCCCCCGCCGCCGGGAGCCGAGCUGCCCGCGAGCCGCGGCGUGGACCUGGGCGUGGCCGUCGUCCUGCAGUCCAGCGACCAGACGGUCCUGUUGACACGAAGGACACGCACCCUCCGCGUUUCCCCCAACCUCUGGGUGCCCCCAGGCGGCCGCGUGGACCCCGGCGAAGCGCUGCUGGACGCGGGCCUCCGAGAGCUUUGGGAAGAGAGUGGACUGCAGCUGCCCCGGGGCCAGUUCUCGUGGGUCCCCCUGGGGUUAUGGGAGUCCGCCUACCCUCCCAGGCUGAGCUGGGGUCCCCCCAGCUACCAUCACAUCGUCCUCUACCUCCUGGUGGUCUCCCAGGAGCCGCAGCAGCAGCUGCAGGCCCGGAUCCAUCCAAACCCAAGUGAGGUGAGCGCCUUCCUGUGGCUGGGCCCAGAGGUCGCAGCUGCCGUGGCCGCCUCAGAGGAUGGGACAGAGGCACCCAGACCUCUCUCCCAGGACCUGCCACCCUCAGUCGUUGCCAUGGAACUGGAGGAGGGAGAAGUCCGACCUCUGGCCCUGCCCAUGUCCACACUGCUGCAGACCACCCCGGCCACGGCAGAAGGCAAAGAGAGGGUCAGCACUGGGACCAAGUUUGCCCUCAGGCUCUGGCUGCAACACCUGGGCAGGGUGACGCCCCAACCAUGUGCAACUGGAGCUCGUGUGGACCCUGGGCCUGCAAAGGAAGAACAGGACGUGGACCCCCUCCCCCCAAACCAGGGACCUGGAAAACCAAGUGCAUAACCCCCUCCCCAGCCCACCUCUAUGACACAGAAGAUUCACAACCUUUAUUAUGGGUAACAACUUUGCUACAACUUUGGAAAUAAAAAGUAAAAUUACAACAGAGGUCCUAGGCCCUGGAGGAGCCUGACAAAGGAGACGGGACAACACGAGGGUCCGCCCACCUCCCAGGAAAGGUGCAGAGCCAGCCAGGCCUCACCACAGGCUGCGGGCCUUUGGAGGCUCGGGCACUGGGCUGGUCAGCGUGAGAAAUACUGUGAACUUAAAUAUAUAAAUAGAGAGCCCCAGGCAUCGGCCGGGCCCUGCUCCCGGACUCCUGGGGGUCAGGGCUAAGGCCUUGUCUCCGCCUCGGGGAGACACACUGGGAAGCAGGAGGCAGGGGAAGUCGUCUUUGGAUGUAUUUUGGUUUUCCUUGUUUAUGUACAAAAAAUCUACAACCCAAAAUAGAGUUCUCUGUCCACGUGUCCGUC